UGUUUUUGAAUCCUUCUCAAGAACUGGAACACGAGAAGAGCAUCUCAUAAUACUGGAUGGAGAACGCUUGGGUAAUGGACUACUGAAAGUUCUCACCGUUUUCAGGAAACAAUCCCAUUUAGACCUUCUCUGUGUAUCAAUAAGGCCGUCUGGGAAUAUUUGGUGAAAGUCUGAGUAAGGCACACAGCGUCUAACAUUACUUGAACUGACGCAUCAAAGACUUAAUCUUCCUGACCAGAGCAUGAAAAACCAAGGUAUUAUUGGGAUCUGUCUGAUCCUGACGAUCAGCUUAAAGAACGUUGUUUUCUGUCUUUGUCCUAUUAGAUGCCAGUGUAACGAAGAAAAGCUGGUGGUAAUGUGUGACGGAGCUGGCUUAGACGUUGUUCCCAUAACUCUCAACCCUGAUCUACGGGAACUUCACCUCGCCAGAAACAGCAUUAAAGGAAUAAUGACGGCAUUUAGCGUCUAUCACAGCCUGGAAUAUCUAGAUAUGACCAGCAACCAGUUGGUAGCUCUCGGCCGUAAUAACUUCAGGCUUCAGGAAAAGCUACAUAUUCUACUACUUGGGCAUAACAUGAUCUCAACUCUGUAUUGUUCAACAUUUGAUGGGCUUAAAGGUCUUCGAAUUUUGAAGCUCACUGGAAAUUUUAUUAGAGAACUCCCUGACGGUAUUUUUGUUGAGCUGGUUAGCUUGGAAGUCUUAGAUUUGUCUGAAAACAGUAUUGAUACCAUCUCAAAGGAUGCUUUUGUGGGGUUAGGAAACCUGAAAAUUCUCCUGCUCAAGGACAAUAAACUCGGCCAUGUCCCUUCGUCUUCAUUUGGAACCCUUUCUCAUGUACUUAGCAUAGAUUUAGACUUGAAUAAUUUCCCAAUUUUGCCCGAAGACAGUUUUGUUAAUCUUGCCAACUUGGAAAAGUUAAGUUUAGGUAGCUGUGGAAUACGUAAAAUUCACAAAAGUGCUUUUAAAGGACUGAAGAACCUAUUGUAUCUUAUUCUUCAAGAUAACUUACUGGAUUCUAUUCCGACUGAGGCAUUUCUCUACCUUAGAAAACUGUUAGAGCUUAAUUUGGGACAAAAUUACAUGAAAGCAAUCGUUUCAAAAAGUUUCAACAGCUUAAGCAAUAUUCAGACCAUCACGAUAAACAGCGCCCCCUUUCUAGAAAGAAUUGAAAGCGAAGCUUUUUUACCUAAUAUUAGAUUGCAAAAUAUUAUUUUUAAUCACAACAAAAAGCUCAGUUAUAUUGACAGAAACGCGUUUUCUUCUUUCACUCUUCUACGUGCCGUAAGUCUCCGGGGAAAUAACUUCCAAACAUUCAGUGAAGAUGUUCUGCCCUGGAGUGACUUAGAGCGCUUCGAUCUUCGAGACAAUCCUCUAAUCUGUAAUUGUAGCCUUUCGUGGCUGCUACACCACCUACAAACUCGGAACUAUUCGGAAUCAUUUGAUUUUGAUCUUACCCACAUUCGUUGUGAAAAUCCACCUGUACUUCGUGAUCUCAUGCUAAAAGGCUUGUCGAUAGACGACCUUCGUUGUCACGAGUACCAAACUCAAAAGAUUCUUACCUGGUCUUUUGCAGCGAUUGGCAUUCUACUGGUUGCUUUGCUUGUAGCUGUGCUGUGGUUCCGACAGAGAACUGUUAACGAUUUGAAAAUCAAAUGUAGUACUGUGAUACCAGACUCUCGGCACGAAAACAGAUAUCGAAUGGAUAAUCAACUACGAGGGGGAACAUCGCAAGAACGAGAGUGGGUGGUGAAAAUCGGGAGGGACCCUUACGCUGGUAGAUUGGUGUAGAAAUCAAUAAUACGUAGGUCUUUACGUAAUAAAACCGUUCCAUUUGUUGUUUUAUGAAAUAUUUGCAUUGUAAGUUUGAUGUUAUCGCUAAGCUUCUAGUUCUGUAUAAAUCUGUUCUCCACGACUCAACAGAUCAUCUGGGCUUAUAUGGAAUAAAAAUUAUGAAUAAAUGAGGAAAAUAUCAAGAUGCUAUGGUAACCAGAUGACUAAGGAAGACUGAAAAUCGUGACCUUGUUUGCCAGAAAUAAGAAAAACACAAUAAAACGUACAAAAGCAGAUUUUACUUCUUGUCUGAUUACAGAUUUUAUAAUCAUUCUUUGAUUGAUCAGAGAAGCCUAUCAUUUUUUUUGCGCUUUAUAUUUUACCAGCUGUUAACCGCGUUAAAAUGUAAAUAGUUAUAUCGAAAAAAGUAUUCUAAAAUUCUGAAAAUGAGACCAGGCAGUAAUUUUUGUUGUAGUUUUUCUUUAAAAAAAAUAAGAGACAGAGAGAGAAUUGCCCCUAAUCAAUAGAUUCUAAGUAUUUUUGGAUUUACAAACAUUCCUGUUAUGCCGUUAGAAUGCAAUGCAAACAACACACUUCAUAAAUAUACAAAAUAGCCAAAAUAAAGUUAAGAUACAGUUUUUAUCAUAAAAUACUACGACUGCUACCAAAGGUAGGAUGUACGAUUGUUUCGUACUUUUAUAAGUUUAUUUGUUAUCUCCUUCGUUUAUUAUAGUGCUUAUCUAAAUGGUCAUGUUGAACGUUACCAAAUGUCAUUUCAAUACUAGAUCACCCACAAGAAUUCAUCAUUUCUGUCUGUUUCUAUUCAUUAAAUUGAUCUACAAACAUAUUUAGCAACAUGAUUUUCUUCCAGGAAAAAGAACUACUAAUCUCCUGCCGUUUCAAUUUAAAUUCCAAAUCAAUUAGUUUAUAAGCGAUAUCUUGUUUAUGUGAUAUUAGUUCCGAUUCCUAACAAAUCUUAUGUUUAUUUUGAUAAUUAAAAAUAUUGCUGUUGAUCGUAAGGUAAGUUAGAUAGAAACUGUUUUCUAAAUCUUACUAUAUAUUGUUUAAUGAUAAAAUUAAUUAUUUCACUCAGACGUUUCGUAAAUAAUGCAAAAAAAAAAAUUAAAUGAAACGAAUGAAAGCUUUAAAGUUUGGGCAAAUAACCUCACGACGACCGUACAAAAAUUUGAAAAUCGAUAAUAU